AUGGUCAGCUUUUGCAAAAAGCUGCCACUGAGGUUUUCGAGUUUCAUUUUGUACCCGCAAAAAAACAAAAAACGCUGCAUCACAGAUCUCUGCUCUUCGCCCUGGGCUCGAAUUCUGGCCUCGGCCGGAGAGCGGUGUAUCCCCUUGGCUUCAGAGAAAUACCUGGAGCAGCUGGAGAAAGUAUUCAGUCGCCUCAUCCCUUUUCUUUCUGGAGACCUGCGUUUGCUGAAGUCCAUGUUGGCUGGUUUCCGCCGCCUGCUGCGUUUUAGGGUGCGAUGGCGAAGUCUCGUUGGACAGCCAGAGAAUUGA